CGCGGAUAUGACUCUGGAGAUCUGUAGGCGCGAGGAACAAUCAGCUUCUGAUCAGCUUGCGUCAUUCUACACGCGUUGUUGUUGGUUUCUCCGCCUCUCUUGCAUUUGUGCCCGAACGAUGCAGGAUGCGGUGAAACACGAGGAGAUGGGAUGGCCCCGCAGCCCGCCUCGUCAGAUGACUAUGCCUUGCUUUGGUGUGUCACUCUGGGCCUGCACGGGCACUGUGCGUGGGGGGGAGGGUAUAUAAAGGGGACGCAAGAUUUGCCACUCUUUCCUUUCUUUUCUGUAACAGAGAACACGAUGACGGGGAUUGAGCAUACCGACCCAAAAGUACCCUCCGUCCAAGAGGAACAAGAGCAACAAGACGCUACCGAUGCGUCGUCGCCGUCCAAGCCGGGCAUUGUAGCACGAGCGAGUGAUGUUCUCAGGGAAGCUUUUGGGAAACCAAAAAAGGCAGAGAUCACGCCGUUUACGACGGAACAUGUCGAACACGCCCCUCCUUCGCCUCUCAGCGAGUGCACCACCUCGACUGCUCCUGCUGAUCAGGAUUUUUCUGAACACCGCUCCAGCUCCAUACCCUAAAACAUUCUCCCGCCUACGGCAAUCGAUAUCCCCGCCCCCGCCGGUAACCUGUCCGAGAUCAUUAAUCACGGCGCGCCCUUAACCGACCGACCCCAGUCCAGAAAGAAGCCCAGCCUCGGAGGCGAAGAGGGAAGUACUGUGGUGGACAAGGCUGUGGGAGUGGGGCUGGAGGGGUUGGAGGAUACGCCGAUGGGGGAGAGGAGUGAUCCGUUUAGCGCGGUACCGCUUGGUGAACUUGGGCUCGGUGCAAAACCGGCUCUGGUGGCGGGGGUGGGAGACUUCCCGGUGCGUCAUCUGCCGCGCUUGUCUCCUGCCAAGCCGUCUUCCGAGCAUGGUGAGAUUGAGAGCGAUGGGUCUGAUAGUGAAGAGGAGAGUGGGCAGCUCGCAAGGGGCGUCCGAGAGUCUGCGCCUAAACCUGUCGACCCGCAGUCUGAAGGCAACACCAACAUUCAUUUGUCUUCCCAACCUCGUAUCUUACCAGCAUUCGACACCAAGCCUUACGUCCCUCCCACCUCCCACCAACCCCAAAACCAAACCUCCCCCUCCAUCUCCCCCAAGACGAGCCCCAAACAAGAAACAAUCACCCUCUCAAUCUAUCCCCUCCCAGCCUCCCCUUCCCGCUCCAUCUCCGCCCCCAACGUAUCCUCCCCCUCCUCCCCUCCUUCCGCUCCGCUGCCACUCCCGAUUUCACCCAGAGGCGCGCCAGGGCAGAGAGAUGUACCCCGGAUCUUCCCGUCGAUGGGGUCGGUGGUGGCAGAGCCCGCUUGGUCUCGCGAGGGAUCGCCCGAGCUCGGCUCAGAGCUUGAGGUCAUCCCGGCUUCUCCUCCACCUUCUUCUCACCCAAAGGGUUUGUCCUUGGAACAGGAUGGGGAGGAGGAGUAUCAUCCAGGGGAGAAGAGGGACUACGAACCUCCGCUUUGUGCACCCCGAAGUGAAGGACCAGAAAGUCUGGCUUUUGGGAGUUUGAGAGUCCAUCAUUCCCCUGGUUCGCCUGUCUCUCCUCUUUCGCCGGUUUCGCCGGAUAUCACCACGCCACCUUCUGUUUAUGAGUCUGCUUCUGCCUCUUCGGCCUCUGGGGGUGGGACUGGUGUGAAUACAGGAAGUGGAAGUGGAAGUAGUGCGGGGACGAGGACGGGGAAGGGCAAAGCACCGCCCCUCCCCUCGACGCUUGUGGCUACGCUUCAGCAGCAAGCAGAAGAGCAGGAAGAAGGGGCGGGGUUGAAAAAGUUGACGCCUAUCCAUCCGGAAGAGUAAGAGGCAGUCGUGUCUAUGGAAAGAUGCUGAGUGAGAAGAUGGGAGGGGGUUGUUUUAUAGACUUUUUUGUAGGAUUACGAGACGUGGGGGGAGGUCGUGUUGAUGAUGGAAGAGUGGAUAUGGAGUUGGGUCGAAGAGUUGUUGUAGAUAGAAAUGUAUUAUGCAAAUCUAU